CCGCAGCCUGACCGUCGCCUAGUUCGUUUCGGGGAGAGAAGAUUAUUCUGUGCUUUGCAAGAAGAGAGACGUGUGGUUCUGGUGAUCCUAACGGCGAGGACCGCGAGGCGGCCUGGUUAACAGCCUUCCACUACUCGCGUGACUGUAUUGGUCUGUCUGCUACUCGGUAUGCCGCUGCCCGUUGCGCUUCAGACUCGCUUGGCCAAGAGAGGCAUCCUCAAACAUCUGGAGCCCGAGCCAGAGGAAGAGAUCAUUGCUGAGGACUAUGACGAUGAUCCUGUGGAUUAUGAGGCCACCCGGAUGGAGGGCCUGCCACCAAGCUGGUACAAGGUCUUCGACCCUUCCUGCAGCGGGCUUCCUUAUUACUGGAAUGUGGACACAGACCUCGUGUCCUGGCUCUCCCCACAUGACCCCAACUCCGUCGUUACCAAAUCUUCCAAGAAGCUCAGGAGCAAUAAUACAGAUGCUGAGGAGAAGUUGGACCGGAGCCAUGAGAAAUUGGAACGGAGCCAUGAGAAGUUGGACAGGAGCCAUGAGAAGUUGGACCGGGGUCACGAGAAGUCAGACCGGGGCCAUGAGAAGUCUGACAGAGACCGAGAGCGUGGCUAUGACAAGGUGGACAGAGAGAGAGAGCGGGACAGGGAUCGAGACCGGGACCGCGGGUAUGACAAGGCGGACCGGGAGGAGGGAAAAGAACGGCGCCACCAUCGCCGGGAGGAGCUGUCUCCCUACCCCAAGAGCAAGAAGGUUGCAAGCCGGAAGGAUGAAGAGUUAGACCCUAUGGACCCCAGCUCAUACUCAGAUGCACCCCGGGGCACAUGGUCAACAGGACUCCCCAAGCGGAAUGAGGCCAAGACGGGUGCAGACACGACAGCUGCCGGGCCCCUCUUCCAGCAGCGCCCCUACCCAUCCCCAGGGGCUGUACUCCGGGCCAAUGCCGAGGCCUCCCGAACUAAGCAACAGGACUGAACCCUUAAUAAAAGCUUUUCAGUGGAUCAUA